UGGGUUAAAAAGAUGGCUUCUCGGUUGCAUGUGCUCCUCCCCCAACUCUCAUUGGAACCAGCGCUCUAAUUCCAACCUUUUUCCAUCUUUUUUAGACUGUCCUCUGCUUUCUUCUCUCUUUCACGCUCAACAAACCACCCAACAUGGGAGAGCAGGCGGAGAAGAAGAAGACAAUGGGAGAGAGCAUGGCCCAAGGAAUGGAAGUUCAGAAGCCUGCGCCGGUGGAUGCGAAUGUCAAGGAGAAGGAAGAGGAGAGUAAGCCAUUGGAAAAGUCGGCGCCGGAGAAAGAGGAUAAAAAAACAGAGGAAUCCAAGGAGGGGAAGGAACAACAACCCACCAAGGAGGAAGUUCCACCGCCGCCGCCGCCGCCGCCGGAGAUUGUGCUCAAGGUUUACAUGCAUUGCGAAGGGUGUGCCCGGAAAGUUCGCCGUUGCCUCAGAGGCUUUGAAGGGGUUGAAGAUGUAAUCACCGAUUGCAAAACCCAUAAAGUGGUUGUGAAAGGAGACAAAGCGGAUCCGUUAAAGGUCUUGAACAGAAUACAGAGGAAGAGCCAUAGACAGGUAGAGCUUCUAUCUCCGAUCCCAAAGCCGCCGUCUCCGGAGGAGCUGAAGGCGGCGGAGGAGGAGGAGAAAGAGAAGCCCAAACCUGAAGAGAAGAAAGAAGAGCCUCCGAUCGUGACAGUGGUAUUAAGAGUCCACAUGCAUUGCGAAGCUUGUGCCCAAGAAAUCAAGAAGCGCAUAUUGAGAAUGAAAGGGGUGGAUGCAGUGGAGCCAGAUCUGAAAGGGUCGCAAGUUUCAGUGACGGGCGCUUUCGACCCACCAAAGCUUGUGGAGUACGUGCACAAAAGAACUGGCAAACACGCUGUGAUAGUGAAGACCGACCCAGAAAAGAAGGAGAAAGAAGGUGAGGCGAAGGAAGUGAAAGAGGAGGAGAAGGCAGGGGAAGAAAGCGGGAAAGAGAAGAAGGGUGAUGGCGGUGGCGGUGGCAGUGGCGGCAGUGGUAACGGAGAUGAGAAAGAGAGCAGCAAAGAAGCGGAGGGCGGCGGCGGUGGAGGUGAGGGGAAAACAGGGGUGGAAGUGGCGGCGGAGGAAGAAAGGAAAGUGGUGGAAUUGAAGAAGAGUGAAUACUACACGCAUUACCCACAAAGGUACGCCAUGGAAAUGUACGCAUAUCCUCCCCAGAUUUUCAGUGAUGAAAACCCAAAUGCGUGCUCUGUUAUGUGAAUCUCAACAGUUGACACAAAACAGAGUUACACUCUCAAAAUUACAUUUUGCUGGGGAUUGUAAUUUUUCAUUUUCUUUUAGCUGUUUUUAAAGAAGAAAUGGGGAUGUAAAAAUAAUGAUAAUGAAACAAUAAAUAUUUGUGUUGAAUCCUAAGCUUAUGGGCUAAAACCGACAAUAUUUGCUCCA